AUGUCGCACCACGGUCACGAGCAGGAGACUGGACUCAGGGGCAAGGUGAACGAGCUCAAGCAGGAGCUGCACCACACGACCAAGGACGACGCGCAUGAGGUGGAGGUCAAGCGAACGCCCACGGGCAAGGCCAUCUACACCGAAUCUGUGGCGCCCGUGCCCAAGGAGACGCUGCCGGAGCACAUCCAGUUCCCCGACAUCAUGACUCCCGAGCAGCACCUCGAGCGGGCCAAGUACUACCGGGACGAGGCCGAGAAGUGGAGGUCUAAGCACUACGGUCACGAUGACGGCCUCAACGCCAAGAAGUACAACGACCUCAUGGGCCAGGCCCACUACCACGAGGGCAUGGCGGCCCAGCCCGAGGGGCUCAAGGUGCCCAAGGAGCACCCCAACCCGCAGCUGCCCAACGCGGCCAAGCUCGAGAGCGGCCCAAGAGUCUACAAGGGCAAGGGCACCGGCCAGGCCCAAAUCUGA